CAGGAUUACAUCAAAAUUUAGAUUUUAAUUGGUUACUUAAUGAACCAAUUAUCUCUCAAAAAUUAUUAAGAAAGUAUUGGGGGUUGCCCCAUCGCCCAUGCUGUUUAAUACAGUAGGUAUACAAUAUUCAAACAUCUUUUUCAAUAUACACAUAAAUUAAGGAACAUUCCUUAACAUGUUUCAAGUGUGAGAUUUAUGAUCUUACAUGACGUGAAAAACGAAGAUGGAAUAAAGAAUUUCUUUAAUGAGGUCUAUGAGACGUUUAUUAAGGUACGUUAUCUGACUGGUACGUUAUCUUGAUUUUAUACUCGUUCAUUUGACUCAUAAAGCCAGAAUGCAUCUAUUUUGUAGUAAUUUUGAACAACAGGUAAGCUACUAGUAUGUGGCAUUCCGAUAUAUAAAAUGACAGGAUAUUCACAGUAUCCUUCUUGAUCCUUAAUUUAAAGGACCCCAAGGGUCCAGAAAGAUUUCUCAAUGGAGUCGAGCGAGGCUGAAAAAGUAUUUUGACCCAUUUUAGAUUUCAUCCUUUUUUACUGUAAGCUUAACUGUUAGAUAGCACUUUGAGCUUCGAAUUAGGGACUGGUCAUAAAAUAAAGGGGGGUCUGGGAAAAUCAUAUAUUUGGUGUCUGCACUUUUGGUAGCCCACCCCUUAAUAGCUGCACAAAAAUUUGUGGCCCACCCUUAAAUUGGUGCUGAAAAAUUAUGACCCACCCUUUCAGAAACGCGAAAGAUACCAGCGUUCUAUUUUUCUGUUGCCAAAUAAUUAUAUGUUACAAUACUCAAUAGCUAUUCAAAUGGUGCAAUUAAAAUUCAGGGCCUCUUUUAAGGAUGUGUAACUGGAGAGGACAUAUUUAGGUGGGGACCUGGAGAAGUUCCAGUCAGCGAGUCUGUAUCACUGCUGCUACCAGCAUAUAUAUGCAUGGUUUAACUAAUAAGUAUACGUCAUAGGGCAGCAGAUCAGGCCGUAACUAGGAUUCUGUGAGAACAGAGUCGACCACCCAAGGUGCGAGCUUCUAGAGUCUGGGGGCACACACCCAGAAAAUUUUGGAUUUCUUGAAGCUUAGAUAAGCUAUUUCCCGCAUUUGAGGAGUUUUAUAACAAGAAAUUAACCUUAUAAACAGUGACACAAUUACUGCAAUUUCACAGUCUCCCAAAUGUAAUCCAGUCCCAAUAAGGCAACAUGGUGUGAUGAUGCGGUAAUUAAAAUGUGUGUGGUAUAGUAUUUUAUAAAAUAACAUGUACAUAACGCGUAUUCUGAUUGGUCGAAACCCGUGUUUGGAUCAGGCCAUCCAAACACGGGAAGACUAUCGUGUUGUUGUUAUUUUAUAAAACAAUUACUUUAUGGUUUCCGUGUUUGGAUGGACUGAUCCAAACACUUGGGAAUGUUGCUCGAGUUAAGAAAAGCGGGCAAAAUUUCGCUCGCUUUUCUUAACCCUCGCAACAUUCCCGCGUGUUUGGAUCAGGCCAUCCAAACACGGAAACCAUAAAGUAAUUGUAUAAUCAUUCACCACACUUCAAAUUCUACAGUACUGUAUUACAUGUAUUGGGGUACUUGAAAUCGACACAUUCGUCUUCUCAGUGUCACUGAAGAGCAAGAUAGGGUGGUCUCUUUGGAGUAUCUUUGCUUGGAAAAACUAAACUAGAAUUUCGUCCUAAAAUGCCAUUUCAUACCUUGUUCCACAAGCAAAUUAUUUCAGUCAUGGUUUCUCCCCAAAUUCUGUUCUACUGAGUAAACUGACUCGGUGGACUCGUACAUGUAGCUAGUUACGGGCCUGCAAAUGAUGGUCAGAUUCAGAAAUGUUAACAACUUAACAUUGUUUUCUCACUUUGAUACAUACUUGCUGGUUGACCACCUACUGCAGGUAGUUCUUAGAGACCUAACGGGGGACAAUUGCUGAGUGGAGGAACCAGUAGAGGGCUGGGGGCAUUUCCUCCCCAGUCUAUAUGUUAAAAGAGGCCCUGAAUCAAAUACAGAAAGGUCUUUCUUUGCAUGGAACUUCCCAUGCAUACUGCAUUAUGCAGUAUCUUUUUCAUAAUUAGAGACCUUUAGUUGGACAUUUACAGCUAACGCCAAACCGCCAACGAUGAUUGUGAUUUAACUACGCUCUUGUAGAAAUUACACUAAUUUUGUUACAUAAUAAACAUCCCAGGGCCUUUUUUAACAUACAAGCUGGGGGGGGGGGGCAUUUCCCCCCCCCCCCAGUCCCCCUUGUGCCCCCACGAAACCACAUUCCCCGUCCCACGAAAUCACAUUUUGCCCCCCCCCCCCAUUGAUAAACGGAAAGUAAGUUUUAGGCUUUAUCCUUUGUCCUUGUUUAACAAAAUCGAUUUAAAGGAACUGUGUCACCGCGUGUGCAUCCUACGUGUUUUAACACUAAGUAAUGAUAAAUUAUUGUUAAUAUUUUUAAAAUUCUUUGUGCGUUUUUUCCUUCUUUUAUUUCAAAUACAAGUAUAGUUAGGAUAAAUUUUAGAGCAAAUUUAGAUGCUCAGAAUGCAGGAAAUGGCAUUUCCGGGCUUCAAAUUUCAAAAAUUUUCUGGGGGAGAGACCCCCCCCCCUAUUUAUUUGUGGUAUGUCGGCCACACACGUGACCCACGGCCAUUGCUAUCCCCCUUUAAUAAGUAAUGAGUAAAUUAUUGUUAAUAUAUUUUAUUUUUUCUGCAUUUUUUCCUUCUUUUGUUUCAAAUACAAGCAGGGAUGCCGGAAGUUGCUGGGGGCAAGGGGUGCAAUUGGUUAACAAGAGGGCAUAUUCCUUAACAAAAGGGCACUAAUGAAAAUGAAAGGGCAUCUAAAAAUUAUUUUUGGCGACCUCCUCCCCCCGCCACCCCGUCGCCAAAAAUUUUUUGGUCAGUGUACCAUUUUAGGGGUAAAAAAAUUUUCCGGACAUACCACAAUUUUUCCUAAAUACGAAAAAAUUUUCCGGACAUACCGAAAAAAAUUUUUUCAAAAAUGCCCUUUGCGCAAAAAAUGCAAUUUUAAUGGAAAAUUUUCACGCAAAAAGGGCACUUUGUGCACCCGUUGCACCCGUAUUCUGCACCCGUACUGCCGUAUUCUGCACCCGUACUGCUCCCACAAAGUUGAAAAUGCAAAAGGCAAGGGGUGCACUUGCACCCGCUGCACCCGUGGUUCCGGCAUCCCUGAAUACAAGUAUAGUUAGCAUAAAUUUUAGAGCAAAUUUAGAUGCUCAGAAAACAGGAAAUGGCAUUUGCGGGCUUCAAAUUUCAAACAUUUUCUGGGGGAGUAUGUCGGCCACACACGUGGUUGUCAGCCAUUGCUAUCCCCCUCUAAUAUAUUAUCUCACAGAAAGGUCCCUUUUCAAAAAAUGCCCCGCCCCCCCUGGAAAAUCCUUAAAAAAGGCCCUGAAACAUCCCACACAAAGCUCGUGACAUUUAGCAAUAAUGAUUAUCAGAAAAUUAGUUAGCCACUACUAACGUAUUAGCCAAGACAGUAAAUUCAGCUUUUAACGUUUGCGGUAUAAAUUUUACACAUGGAUCCUGAUACGUUUUAUUUCUAUUUUUAUAAUUUACUUUAUGACCAGUCCCUUCGUUAUUGCAAGCAUAACUAUGUACAGUAAUGUCUGCCUCGUACCCAGGCGCUAUGUGUUGUUCUAUGCUUGCGUGACCUUUGCGUGGGCUAAUUUGAUCGAACAAAGCAAAGCGCCUGGGUACGGGGCAGCAGUAAUGUUGAUUACUUUCGGACUGGUUGUAUUAUUUUGGGGAAAAAAGCCCUCUUAUGCAGCACCUUUUAUUAUUUAUGCUGUCUAUAAAUACCACAAGAUUUUACUCCUCAAGUGGAGAAAAUGCUUGUGCGGCAUGUAUUAUUUUACACUUGAUGUACAGUACCACUACAUUAUUUAUGUUGCAGGUAAUGAUGAACCCAUUUUAUCAACAUAACACCAAGAUCCAACUUCCUGUUUUUGAUAAGAAAGUAAUGGUAGCAGGAAGAAAACACUUGCUGAAUUAAAUAAACAUUAAAGAACUAUAGAAAUGAAAUAAGAAAGCUAGAAUCAGUUUGACCUUUCUGAAGUGUUGAGUAAGUUAUUUUACACUUUUUCGAUUGGUCUGCCUUACCUUAGUUUGAGUAAGUAAGAUAAGUAAGAAAACGUGUAAAGUUUCACUUUACACUGUUGUGAUGACUGGCAAAUUCACACGAAUCAGUCAUUCAUUCAUUCAUUCAGUCAGUCAGUCAUAGAGUAAACUUUCCGGGGGGUGUAUACGAUUUAUGUUCUCAGUGAUUUAUUGUACUUAGUACUUUGAAGGUUUUUUAGGUAAUUUCAGUUGUCUUCUUUAAAUAUUCUUUAGGCCAUUUUCCAGUUUCACAAAAUUUUUUCAGGAAUCGUUAAUGUCGUUAUUGUAAAUGUCUUUAAAUUUUAGAACAUUUGCUUCUCAUGUUGUGUAAAGGAUCAUUACCCCGGAACACCCGAUUUUUUCUUUGGCAGCGCAAAUGCGCAUGCGCUAUGAAGCCGCAGAUCACGAUGGCGUGCUAGUGCUAACACCGCGGAAAAACGUCUGCGCAUGCACCAAAUUAUGAAAAUAUGGCGGGGAAUUUGAAUAUCAAUUUCUAAACCAAAAACAUGCUUAUUAAUUGGUCAAAAAUUAGUAAAACAAACGAGAAAAUAUAGCAAAUGGGUAGACUAGACAUUAAUUGAAAGCGUCCUGGCAUUUAAAGUAUGGAAUGAAAUAGAAUUCAUGUAAAAAAAUUGUUGAUUUUAACGGACACGACUUCGAAAUUUUUUGCUAAAUUAUUCAAAACAAAAAUUCAAACUCAAAAGUUAAGAAAACUCUCGAAAAGUUAAGCUUCUUAACCCACUCAAAUUGUAGAAUAAAUCCUAAAGUUUAAUUAUUGUGAACACGAAAAUUUUUUAUAUUUGGCGAC